AUAUAGUUUGCAACAACUAAUGGAGCAAAUGAGAAAUGACUGGAAUUUGUUGAAGGAUAAAUUGGAAAUUGAUAUUAUCAAAAAAUAUGCUAGUUAUAUGAACAUUUUCACAAUAAGUGUUAUAGUGUUUUGUUCUAUUUGCGUAUUCGUUUAUGUGAUAUUUCAACGUCUGCCAUUGAUCUUUGAUGUUAUGUUACCAUUGAACGGAUCACGACCUUAUCACCUUGUCAUGACCACGGAAUAUUUUGUCAGUCAAGAUAAAUAUAUUCAGUUUAUAUUAUUACAUGAGUUUUUAGUCAUUUGUAUAGGAUUCACUACAAUAGGGAGCACUGGUGCGAUACUAAUUACAUUUGUAUCGCAUGUAUGUGCAUUACUUAAAAUUGCAAGCUAUCGAAUAGAAAAUGUUAUCGACAGAAGUAUAUUAGCAAUGCCUAGUCCCAAAAAGCAGUAUCUACUUCAACGGAGGAUGGUACAUGCAGUUGUUAUGCAUCAGAGGGCUGCUGAGUUAGUAUAUUUUUAUAGUGAAACCUUAUGUCAGGUAUUUUAUUUAGGAACUAUUUCUUAUCUGUUAUAUUUAAUUGUAAGGUUAAUCAAUCGUAAUUGCAUUGAAUGGAUAGUUACAAUAAAUACAGGUAAAAAGUACAAAUUAAAAGUUAUAAUUAACCGAUAACCAAGAGUUAAAUCUACAUUGGUGUUUGCAGUUAAUUUUGUAACUCGCUUAGAUUUAUCAAUAUAAUAUUUGUGUAUAAGAAUUGAUUCCAAUAUUUUUAGACAGCUUU